AUGGCCACACCGACCGCCGGGCCGUCUCGACAAGCGACGCCCGUCCAUCCAUCGACGUCUGCGAAUGGUCGUGUGAGCACACUCAAUCCGCACAGCGCGAGCUUCUCGUUCCUCCAGCCAGACUCUGUGCCAUCGACGUCAGCCGCCGUGCACCACCCGCCACCCGCGCCGUAUGCUUACGAGCAACACCCGUUCCCCAUCUCUUCGUUCUCGCCUCCACACCCGAACGGCAUGUACGGCUCGCAUGGGCCGUACUCGCCUUAUCCCAUCAGCUCCUCGAACGGUAUGGCUGGCGGAUCGGGCAUGCACGGCGCGGGAGGACCGCCGCCGCCGCCUCCUUGGGCAGGGAAGGGACUCGGUGGAGGCGGAGGAAACGGCGGGUGGAACGCAGGGCCGCCGCCGUUCGCCCAACACGGCAUGCAUCAGCCUACACAUCCGCACGGCCAGCCCCCGUACUUUCAACACCACGGACCGCCUCCUCCUCCUGCCCCUAGUCGGAUACCGCCGCCUCCUGUUCCGCCGCCCGGUUCAAUGGCCACGAACGGCAUUCUCUUUCCCCUUCCAGCUCCUCAGCACCUCCCGGCAGUUGCCGCCGGCGCAGGAUACCCGCCACCAGGCGCUUCCGGCCUUCCUCACUCGCACGUCCACCCGCCCUCACAUCCGCCUCAUCCCCCCCUUCCGCCUUUCUCGCCUCAACGGCCACCGCCGCCGUCAUCUGCUGCACCUCGACUGAUACCCGCGCCGUCCCUGCCUGUCUCGCCCGCAUCGCCUCUUCCGCCACCUUCGACCAGUCCCAGCGUCGUCCCUCCCAGUCCUCUGCCCGAAGCGGUCGUGCCGUCUCCGUCGCCAAGCAGUGUCGAAGCGACAUCGCAAGAAGGCGAACCUAAGGCAGAAUCGGACGUGCCCGCCCCCGCUCCUCCACCUCGCCGUCUCGGUAUUCGGAGACGAAAAGACCACUUGCCUGCGCCGCGAGACGCCCAACCAUUCAGCUUCGCCCCUCACCUCCGCGUUCCAGCCGGCUUUGGCGGCAAGUUCCGCACCGCCGAUUCGCUCAGCUCGACGGUCAGCGCAACGGGCAAGAGCGACAAGGGUACUCCCGGCCACGACAAGUCUGCCACGGCUUCGUCCGCGACAUCGUCUGCGCCUAGCACGCCGAAGACGCAGUCGCAAACGCCGCUUUCGCCGCCUACGACGACCGCCUCGACGCCUGCUCAAGCCUCACGCGAACCUGCGACGACCAAGCAGGGCGACUCGUCGCUCCCUGCUGCCGCCCCUACGCCCGCUUCGCCUGCCGUCUCCGCUCCUGUUCCCGCAACCGCGCCUGCGACCGAGCCCGCCAUAUCGGGAUCCUCGGCGCCCGUCUCGCCCAAGUCGCCCGCCGCAGCUCCCGUCAAGCGCUCCUGGGCCGAUCUCGUUCGCCCGCCUCCUGGUGCCGCGCCGCCCACCGUGCCCAACGGCAUCACCCCCAUCUCCGCCUCGACAACUCUUCCCGGCGCUGCUCACCCCGGCGUCCCCGAAACCCUCCUCGGCCUGCUCUCCCUCCCUCCUUCGCACAUUCACCAGCCUCAAGCGCCGAGCCCCCGCGGACUCAUCAACAACGGCAACUUGUGCUUUGCGAAUGCGACGCUCCAGGCGCUGGUCUACUGCGGCGCGUUCUGGAAUCUGUUGGGCUUGAUCGAGCGCGGUACGAAGAAGGACUUGCGUGAGGCGAUGGCGGGCAAGACGGAGAAGGACAAGUCGGAGCGCAGUGCUGUCGAGGCGAUGAUCGCCUUCCUCGCCGAAUUCCGCACCUCUGCUUCGUCCACCUCGCCUGCGUUCGACCCGGCGCAGAAUGCGUCCUCGUCUGCAAACGCCGAUGCAUCGACUUCGUCCGGGACCUCGACUCCAAAGCCGCCCUUCAACAACAACGUUCACCCUCCGAUCUCGUCCGCCUCUUCCGUCGCUAGCUCCUCCUCCGCUACCUCCCAGCCCGCUCCUCUCUCGCCUACCCCGAUCCACGACUCGCUCCGCCACAACCCUCGGUUUGACGCGAUGCGCCGCGGGACGCAGGAAGACGCGGAGGAGUUCCUUGGGUUCUUCCUGGAGACGCUGCAUGAGGAGGUGGUCAAGAUUAUGGAGCUCGAGGAGAAGAAGGAGCAAGGGAAGGGGAAGGGCAAGGCGAUCAGCCAGGCUGGCGGAGAUGAGGGCUGGGAGGAGGUGGGCAGCAAGGGAAGGGUUGCGACCACGAGGACGACCGAGACAAAGGAGUCUCCCAUCACCCGCAUUUUCGGCGGCAAGCUUCGCAGCGUCCUGCGGUGUCCGGGCCAGAAGGACAGCGUCACCAUCGAGCCUUUCCAGCGCCUUCAGCUCGAUAUCCAGCCCGACCACGUCCUCAGCAUCGAGGAUGCGCUCGUCCAGCUCACCGCGCCGGAAUCUCUCCCCGACUACGUCACCUCGCGCGGCCGGACACUUGACGCUACGAAGCAGGUCUUCCUCGACGCGCUCCCGCCUGUGCUCAUCCUUCACCUCAAGCGCUUCCUGUACGACGAGGUCGGCGGCGUGCAGAAGAGCACGAAGAAGGUCGCGUACGGGACGGAGUUGGCCAUCGAUGAGCGGGUCAUGAGCGCGCCGCUCAAGGCGCAGGUCGGUCGCGCGGGCGCCAAGUACGAGUUGUUCGGAGUCGUAUAUCACCACGGCCUGCACGCCUCGGGUGGCCACUACACCGUCGCCGUUCGACGAGGAUACCAUUCGCCUACGUGGUUCGAGCUCGACGACACGUACAUGCGCACGCUUGACGCGAAGGAGGUUGCGGUCCGUCCCCAAUCGGCUAAGGCGCGGCGGUGGGAGACGGCAAGCUCGUCAAAGCUGUUCGACGACGACGCGGACCAGAAGAACGCCUACCUACUGUUGUACGCCAAGGUAGACGAGGAGAAGUAG